ACCCCUGCUUCCACGCCCACCCCCACUCCACCCCUUUCCCUCUUCUCCCGGCCAAACCCGGUCAGGCUAAAGCUCGAAGCGCAUGCGCCCUCAGAGCAGAACCAGUGAGGGGUAGGGGGCUGGUAUAGCCGCGUGGUGACGUUCCAUCCCGGCCCACGUUCCUUCGCGCCAGGCGCCGAGUGCGGUCAGGGAGUAAGGUGUGCACCCAUUUGCGCCAAUGGCUGCGGCCCUUCCGUGGGCAAUCACCCAGGGUAGGAUGGACGACUGGCCCAAGGAGCGUUCACUAAACUGGCUGGACAGAGAAACCCAGAAGCGCCUUUGGAGGCAAAGCCAGGAGCUGCUGCAGCGGGCGAAGACCAGAGCUGUCAACUGGUGCUCACGAGUGGAAGAUCCUCGGGGAGAAGGGAAACCGAUAAGCCUCAAUACUUCGUUCAGAACGAUGGCGGACUACAUGGAUUACGUUUCAAGUCAGUGUGGGAGGUUUCAUGAUCUUGCACCAGACAAGGCAGCACUGAACCAUGUCUGCAGAUAUCACCGAAACCAUUUGGACCCGAUGUCCUCUUCCUGGGUGAAACUGAAAAAAUCCACAUCCCAUGACCCUGGAGAGAGCUACCAAGUAACAACGACUGGCCCAGGACUGUCCAUGUUUGACCCAGGAUCAUCCAGAUUUGAAUCAGGACUAUCCACAUUUGACCCAGGAUCAUCCAAGUUUGACCCAAGAUCAUCCAAAUUUGGCCCAGGACCAUCCUGGUUUAAGUCCAGACCAUCCACAUUUGACCCAGGAUCAUCCAAGUUCGACCCAAGAUCAUCCAAGUUUGGCCCAGGACCAUCCAGGUUUGACCCAGGAUCAUCCAAAUUUGGCCCAGGACCAUCCAGGUUUGACCCAGGAUCAUCCAAAUUUGGCCCAGGACCAUCCAGGUUUGACCCAGGAUCAUCCAAAUUUGACCCAGGACCAUCCAGGUUUGACCCAGAACCAUCCAAGUUUGACUCAGGACGAUCCAAGUUUGACACAGGACCAUCCAAGUCUGUGGCCAGAACAAGUGCGAAGGACAUCACAAUAGAAGUUAAUCCAGGGACUUAUGCUGUCACAGUGGGGUCCCCCGAUGUAACCACAACACGCAUGAUAGAGGUUGACUCGGGACAAAUCAUUGAUUUGAGUUUCCCUCUUUAACGCUGGUCAGAACCUUUUUUAAAAAUAUCAAAGAGAAUUAAAUCAAACCACGCUGUGGUUUUCUUUGUCAGUAUUUAUACAUGAAAAGUAUGUAUAUGUAGUGCCAAUCAAACAGGUCAGAUCUUCUAGAGCUCUGAUCUGUCUGUCUUGGGGACUUUUUCUACUGAAUUCUCUGAAAGGGGAGAGGAAGGAUGGAUCUCUUGCCUUACCCAGCCUGAAUGUGAGGAAUAAUGUGCCUUGAAACUUGUUUGUAAAAUUGUGAUUUUUUUUUUCCCUACAAAGUUUAUCAUGGAAAUAAAGAAAUUUUGGAAGU